AAUUCUGUACGAACGAACUUAAAAUGGCUUCGCAAGAAACUGCUAACAACGCGUCCGAGUCUCCUGCGGAUCGCAAAGAGAAUAUGGUAAAACCAAACGCAACAUUACCACCCGGAUUUCGGGCGAGACCGCAAGGUCCACCUGGAUCACCAAGACAGCUAAUAAAUAAUGGCCCUGUAGGACAACCAAGGCCAGUCCUGGGACAGCCGCCGCAAAUCCGUUUCGACAAUCGUGCCCCUGUCAGACCGUCCGGUUCAGGUCAAUUCGUACAGCUCAGGCCGUACGGGCUGCCGAGGCCACCUGGAAAUCAAUUGCCACCGAAGCCGCCUCAGCAAGGUCAAAACUCGCCUCAGCAAGGUCAACACCCGCCUCAGCAGAGUCCAUAUACACCUCAGCAGAGUCCAUACACACCUCAGCAGAUUCCGAAUCCGCCGCAGCAGGGUCAGAAUCCGCCAAUCGUACUGAACCCCCGUUUCGCUCCGUCCCCGAUCAACAGGACCGGUCCUCAACAGAGGCCUAGAUUGCCGCAUCCUGGUAAUUUCCAAGGUCAUCUGUUCCCGAGAAACGCACAACCGCCUCAACACCCAGGCUUCGAGCAUCAGAACGCACCGCGCACCCCGGACGUUCUCGCUCGACCUCAAGAAAUCGCGAAGAGGCAGCUGCAACGAAAUGAAUCGUUGCUGAGCUUUCCGCAGCAGAGUCUGUCACCGCAAAGAGAAGAUCGAAAGCCUCCGCUUCCGCGCAUCGUGGUCGAAAGGAUGGCUGAUGUCGAUAACGUGAGGAAGCAACAGCAGCCCGAGAACUCCGUUCCGAAGGAGAAGCUGCGCGACAACGCGGAGAAUGACGAUGACGAUGAUGUUGUCAUGGACAGCAAGAAGUCGCCUCGUCCCGACAGCAGGGACAGUGUCCAGUCGGCGAAGAGGCCGGAAACCGCGACGAUAAACGGCAAAGUGGACGUGAAACCCACGGAGAAAUUCAAUGACAAGCCUAACAGCAUCGCCGCGGACAGCAAACCUGACAAGACGGAAAGUCAAACGGUGAAAUCCGCUGGAUCGGAGAACCGUUCGCCUUCUGCGAAGCUGGAUCAACCGCGUUCGGAGCCUGUCAAUGAAAAGCUAGAGAACAAACCGAAGGGAUCGGUGGAUAACGCGAUCGAGAAGCCAUGCGAAAAAGCAGACGUGAACAGAGAGACUACAAACCUAUCGGCGGGAGAGAAGAGAACGACUCCUUCGCCAACACCGUCGCUCAAAGACGAUAAGUCAAACAAAUCUGCUAAAGAGUCUUCGAACGAGCAGAAACCCAGUGAACAGGAAUUGAACGUUGCAUCUCCGGAUAAGUCGCGCACAAGUACACCGAUUGAGGCGAGCCAGAACCAGAAAGACCAAGGACUAAAGACACCGUCCAAGUCCCCGGAUAAAUCCCGCUCAGUAACGCCGACUGAACUCGGCGAGAGUCAGAAGGAUCCUGGGCUAAAGACACCGUCCAGGUCUUCGGAAAAUUCGCGGUCGAACACGUCCCUGGGAAGCAAUCAGGCUGAGGGCGAGCAGAGUUUGAAGACACCUUCGAAGUCUCCGGACAAAUCGCGCGCGAGCACGCCGGCCGACUUGACCCAAAAUGAAGAGGAAUCGAAGGUGCAGGAUAAAACACCGGAUAAGUCCCGAGCGUCUACACCGGCGGAAGUAAAUCAAGCUAAAGAGAAUCUUGACGUGAAACCGAGCGAGAGUGAGUCAGCAGAAGUGAAGGACAAUCGACAACAAUCGAAAAUUGUAGAUGAGGAUGUAGAUAAAUCGUCUGAAAACACGGCGGCAGCAGCGGAGUCUAAAGCGCCAGCUGAAGCGCCUGAACAGUCAAGCGAGGAGACGACAGUGUCGAAAGAUUCUUCGGAUGAAAAGCCGAAAGCGGCUAGCGAACCUGCUGCCGAAGCUGCCGAGGAGCCGCCUAAGUCGGCGGAAAGUGUGAAAGAUGCAGUGAAAAUUUCUGACGACAGUUCGUCGGAAAAUCUGCAAAAGCCUACUCCAGAGUCGAAACCAACUAGUCCUAGCGUGAGUUUGCCUACCUCUGCGAAAGAAACAAGAAGUUCGCCGAAGUCUCCAGUAUCAGCCGAGGGCGAUGGAAAAUUGUCAGCGGCGGAAUCAAUGUUGUCUCCACCGAAAACCCCGGAAGACAGCGUCAAAGGUUUCGAUAAUGGACAGCGAAGGUCGCUGUCGCCGAAAUCGCCGACACUGGCUAGUCCCAAGUUGCCGGUUUCCCCGAAAUCACCAACCGGUAGUGCAAGAUCCGCGGGAAGCGAAAAGAAACGAGCCAGUUUCGUUGAAUCCUUGGCUGAUCAAGAGGAAAGAUCAUCGAAACCAACUACACCGAGAAUUCAACGAGCACCCACACCUGCUAAGUUACAUGAAACGUUGGAACCCAAGACCGUAACAUCGACGACAGGUAUUGAAAAUGGCAAUGGAAUCGACGAUUCACCGCAAUCUAAUUCGAUCCCGGCAACAAAUGGAGUUGAGGAUUCACCAACGAAAAAAUCACCCUCCAGAGUUAAGGAUGCGGACAAGAGGUCAACGGCCGGUUCGCCUGUAAAGUCGCCAAAUAAAUCAAUUAAGUCAUUACCACGAACUCCAGAAACUCCAUCAUCGACAGCUGGUCUGGAGAAGAAAAAAGUUCCCAUGAACAAAGUUCAAGUGGGCGCAGCACCAUCUCCAAAUUUGAAGACGGUACGAUCGAAGAUCGGCUCGUUGGAGAACACAAGCUACAAACCCGGUGGCGGUAAAGUGAAAAUAGAAAAUAGAAAGCUCGAUUUCAGCAAGGCACAACCGAAAAUCGCUGCAAAAAAUGAGAAAUACACACCCAGCGGAGGCGAUAAGAAGAUCUCUCAAGUUAAACUCCAAUGGAACGCAAAAUCGAAAAUCGGAUCAUUAGAUAACGCAACAUACAAGCCUGGUGGUGGUGAUAAGAAGAUCGAAACCGUGAAACUCGACUUCAAGGACAAAGCAAAGCCAAAAGUCGGUUCCAAAGACAAUGCUAAACAUACACCUGGAGGUGGUAAUAUCAAAUCAUCGGCAACGCCACCUAAGACGCCACAGGAUGCAAACAACGACAUCCAAACGGUGAAGGUCGAUAUCAAAGCUGAGAGCAAAAUCGGAUCUCUGGAUAACGUGAAGCACCGACCAGGUGGCGGCGACAAAAAGAUUUUCAACGACAGAGAUUAUCUUCGACAAACUGGCUCGAACGUGGAAAGUCAGUGCGCCAGUGGAUCACAGAGCCCCGUGCCCCCUGGCACGAUCGCCGACAUCAAGAACGAUCUGCCUACUUCGGACGAGAACCUGAACCAAGAAUGCUAGAUCACGAAAGCUCGACCGCUAAACUCGCUUUUCGUGUCAUUUGCGUCUAAUUAAUCACCCCAUAUUUUUCUACCCCGAUGGUCGGAUCAAAAGGGCUGCGUCGACCCGUUCGCCGGGUCAGGAACGAAAUAACGUAUGAGGACGAACAAGCAAUCGGAUUAAUUUCAAACGUAACGCGCCGCGCGAUCUUUAAACAUCGUCACUGUUUUUCAAAGAACCACACACGACUGCAACAAUUUUUCCGUGCCAUAACCAAAAAAAGACAAAAAAAAAAGAAAUGAAACGAAAAAAAGAACAAGAGAAUAAAACAAACUUUUCUACACGACGAAGUUGUGAUUUUAAACAAGGUGAAAAAAGAGAGCGCUGUGAAGGGCGGCAGGAGUCUUCUUCCUCGUACGUGCGCGCCCUUCCGAUCGAUAACGUUGCACGAUGCAUUAUACGUGACUCGAGCGUGAUAUGGCAACCACCUACGUAACGACGAAUCAGUUUUUUCGUCCUACCGACGCAUUUAUCCACAAAGUACUCGUUAACAGCAUCGUUAGUUCACGAUCAUUGGUUUCCCGGCUCGUUCGGCGUGGACGAGCCGAACGCUAGGAGGAACGACAACACAGAAUCGGAUAACUGAGAGGACAGUGUUGGAACGAGAGAGGGACAGUUCGCGAUGCUUUUUCAGAUCGCGAAAAUGCGGAUAAAAUCCGUACGAACGGACAGUACUAUUCAUCUCAUUGUAUAGAAUUCAGCGAAGUUCCGUCGCUCGCGGGGGCGGAUCGCUGAUCGCGCGCACGGUUCCGUGGAUUUUUAUAAAGCUAUUCACUUUGUUACAAAACUAUUAUACAGCGCCAGUACGGGAAAGUGUUUCUACCAAACGAAAGUUAGGAGAGUGCAACGCUUUCCUUGCUUACGGCUACACGCAACGCAAUAAGAUCCCAGUGUCCUUGCAUUUACCAGCCCAUUGUUCCCAUUGAUCACAUUUUUCCGAUCUGAAAAGGAAACGCGGUCACGUGAUACACAUAGAUUAGAAAAUGUGAGUUCUCAUUUCCCAUGAUGGUCUGGAACACGAGAUCACUUCCCUAAGAGACGAACACGUAAACACGUAUGCAACGUACGAAUCGCAUAGCAACAGACUCAAUGUUCAAAUCGAUUAGUGAUGUGACUCAUAGCCCGUGGGUAGGUGUAUUUUUGUUAAACCGACAGGGUAGCCCGUAGACAAGGACAAAGCUUUGUAUGUGCUGUAACAAUAAACGCGAGAAUCUGAUGCUAAUUAACGAAUCGUUACGGGAAACAAUAGAACAUCGCGCCACUGUAGAUCCUCGCCGUAAAAUCAUUCAGCUUUCCUGCGACACAUUCGCACACACUGUUAGCCUGCACAUGGAAACGUUCACUUUGUUUCUGGGACGAUGUAUGGUAUCGUUUGUGAUAACUAGAUUGCGGAUGUUAUGCACAGAAACAGAAGAGAAAUUAAAAGAAUCGAGGGGUAUCGAGACGUUGCUUUCGACAUACAUAUUGAUAAGGGAGGUUCCCGGGUGUCCAAUUAGUUUUGAGAAACUGAUGAUUAGAAGUUAUAGUGUUAUAAGAAAAUUUGAUAUUCGUUAGAAAAAUAGAGUAAAAGUUUAAAUGACCUUUUUCCGUAAAUUUUGUCUACUUUUUGAGUUUUCCUGCAUUCGUGUGAGUAGGAAGAGAAAAACUUGACUCUGUUCUAACGGUGGACGUUGACCAUUAUCUUCGAUAAAGAUCGAAUUGCGUUUGAAUAUAGUAUUUAAUGAAGAUGUAUGAAUGUAUGUACGGACAAGAAGCUAUUUAUUUUCUUAUUUAUUAUACGUUUCCGUUAUACAUUGGUAUAUAUGUAUAUUGUAUAUAUACGACAUUAUACAAUUCCUUCAUAUACAUACUAAUAUACACAUUAAUGCACUUCUAAUUAUUAUGCAGAUCAACAAAUUAUGUUAUGAAUUAAAAUUUGUAAAAUGAAAAGUAUUUAUUAAUUUAGUUUUCCUACAUCGCGUAAAAAAGGUUCGGAUAGGAAUUCUCCGGGCGAAUGACACUUGUAUUAGUUAAUAGACGGUGGAAUACUAUAAAAUUGUUAGUUAGUUGAAAACUAAAUGGACAUCCGGGGAAUCUCCUCUUUGUAAGGUUAUUGAGAAAAGAAAAUUUCUAAGUGAUUUCUAUUUGUUGCAGAUAAUUGUUAUAUUGCAUAAUGACCCGGAGUCUAGCAAUAAUCAAUGAAGAUUUUACUGUUUAUCUUGCUUUUGGAAAGUAACAGACACUCCUCUUAUCGUACAUUGACAUUGCAUGGAGUGAAUUAUACUUGCAGGUAACGAAGGGGGAUGCUUUUGAAACAACUUCUGAGCUGUUAAUGUCAAUCUAGAUUAUAUGAUAACUGGCAGGAUGGUUUUUUGAGCGUCUCGAACAAUUUCAAGCGGUACUGUAUGUCGUCAGAGAAGCAAGGGACAAAGUAACGAGCACGGCAUCGGAUAUUUAAACGUUUAAGAAAUAUAACAAUUUAUCGUCUGAAUAACGAACUUUGAAGUUCCAAUCGAACGUGUAAGGUAACGAGUGCGGGUAAGAGUAGCAGCUGCUGCGCGAGGUAUAGCAAACUCGUGAAAUAUUGAUUUUUAAAGCAACAGUAUUCAGUUUCGACACUCCCACGUAUUUGCCAUUUUACGUAUUUGCUGUACCUUGUUCGCGGAAUUGUAUGAAAACUGUUCCAGAUUCGUUGGAAAGGAUGAUGUUGAAUGAGUGGUUACAGCAAAAUUGAAGACAAUUCGUACGAAAACCGAACGGUGAAUAAUUAUCGGUGUUAUGUUUGUAACGUUAGAGACUCGCGAAAACAAAUGUCAACGCUGUACGUGCAAUGAUCACUUACAUCGUACUCGCCUACUUCCGGGUUAAAGCCAGAUACUUCGUAUUUAGAAUAGUUGAGUUAUAGAGGACACAUUGUAUAUGGUGAUGCAUAAAUCUUUUCGGCUAUAAUUGUGCAAGUUUUGCUCUUGCCAUGCUAAUUAUAAGUAUAUUCUGACGUUAGUCACACGAACGAGCAUAUAAAUAAUAUCGAUUAACGAUUCCAAACGACCGACGGCUUUAUUCCGUCGAGAAAAUGACGGGCCAUGAAGCACGCGUUGUCGUUUGAAACAGAAAAAAUGAAUUACUAUUGUGCAUCACUGUUAAUCAAAAGCAUGUGCGGAGUAUACGUUAAUAGAGCGAACUGUACAAUUAAGUUCAAAGUGUAUAGUAAAUAAAAACAUCAUAGUAACGAUAAACGAUUGUAUAUUCGAGAUGAAGUUUCCAAUAAAACCAUGUUUUAUCUUACGAUACAAUACGUUUUCAUCGAAGAAACGCCGUUCUUGUGUACGCUCCGUACAUGAUAUAAUACGCUUGAAUAAUUCUCACAUUCCUUGUUAUUCAUCAUACCCGUUAAAUUAACUUGCUUUAAUUCUCAGACUAUCAAACACCGAAUUAAAUUGAUUUCUUUCUUUCUUACGAUCUGGAUAAAGUUCAUUUAAAUAUAUAAAUAUACGCGCUGUUGGCUGACAAAUAUUUUCGCAAUUUUUGAAGUUUAAAAAUUAGUUGUACUAUGAUUAAUAGAGCGUGCUUCAUGUAAGCGUCACAUUGGAAAAGGAUGAGAAAAUUUUGUCAAUCCAGUAAUAUUCAGCAUCGUCACUACAUUAUUACUACAUUAUUACACUUGAUAUCGCGUCACAUGCGCAUUCAUUCGUGGUUAUUUCGAUACUCUGAGAAUUAAUGGUAAGGGUAUAAUCACCUACUGACAAGUACGAUAUAAUAUAAUCGAUUCUAACGAUAACUGAAUACAAAGUUCUCCUUUAAAUACAACCUUUAUUAAAGAAGUUGAAACAUAUGUAACUGUCUGUUCGAACAUUCUAUAUUCUUUCAACACUAUACAUAAAGACAUUAUUUGCUUGCAGUGCAAUCGAUGAACAUUUCAAGCCAUAACAUUCUAUUAAUUUCAGAUUUCCUAUUUCAAUAUAUGAGCUAUAUUGAAAGUUGAACUCAUUCACUCGGUCCAAGUUGCAGUUACCAUUAACAAUUCGCGAAGUGAAUGAACAAUUUGUCGCUGACUUUUUAUUACAGUUUUAUCAGGCGAUGCAACCUUGAAACUAAAAAAAAGGUAAUUUUUCGCACCUGUAGGGAAACUCGGCAGAGAUGCUACGAUAAUUUCCUAGUCAUUUAAGAUUUAUGAUGAUUCAACGAACUUGAGAUCAGCAUUGAUGAGCAUAACAUGCUUCCGAUCCGUUCAUAAAAUUGCUUAUUCAAUUUGAAAUUAAUUAUUUGAAAUUAAAUAAAAACAUAUAUUUAUUGCAACGGCCAUUUCAUAUGUUACAACAUGUGAUUGAACUCAUCGUCUUCUGUAAGCAAUAUUUCGAAUGCAGCAUUACGAUAGACUUUAACAUAAUUAGACUGGUGUUACUAGAAUUAACAGCGAAAAUAUAUUUCGAAAAAAUAGGAUUCAUUUGAGAGGCGCCGAUUCACGAUGAAUUUGUUUCGUCAAAUUACAUCAGUUCAAAUUACAUCCUAGAUCAUUAGAGGAUCCAUUAAAUUGAACUUUGUUGUCAGAACCAAGAGGAAACGCAACUGGAAACACGACAUGCAAUCACAUUGCGUUUGAAUAAUAGAAUACGAUAAAUUGAUAACCAAUACCGUAGGUACACAUGUUACCCUUAUUUAUUACACACACGCGCGCGCGCGCGCGCACACACACACAAAACGAUGAAAUCUCGUCGCUGGUUUACUAUAAGAUGGAUAGUAUAAGACAGUUGCGAAUGGAUGACAAAAUAGGAAUGAAUAUUAAAUAACAUCGAUUAAGUGAACGUUUCAGUAAAAUCUCGAUCGCCAUCGCUUUCGAACGACUCAUACAAUCUAGAAAAAUAUGUAACAUAUGUUUAUUGCUUCCACAUCGAUUAUUAUACACUUCAAUUCAAUUAAUGACUCGAUUCCGGCAACAAAUUAAAUAAUAUUGAAUUGUUGCAACUA